AUGGCGCAAGCCGUAGCACCAAAGGGUAAAGUGUGGCGAAAAAGAGCCGAAGGUUUAAAGAUUACGGCUAAAGGAUCCAAAAACCUGGCAGGGGGAAAGCGCUUGCAUUUACUUGUCGCAAUUGCAUACAACAGGGGAGUGUUAUUCGUUGAGGAAUAUACGAAGGUGAAUGGCGCAUAUUUCAGUGAUUUUGUAAACAGAAAUUUCCCGGUCCUAUUUCAUGGACGAGAAUGCAGAAAGAUGUUUAUCAUGGAUAACGACCCUUCGCAAACAAGUACCAUUGCAUUGAAAGCUAUCAAGGAUCAAGCUGCGCAGCUUUUCUGUAUACCUGCUCGUUCACCCGACCUCAAUCCAAUUGAAAAUGUUUUCCAUAUAGUCAAAAGCAAUCUACAGAUGCAAGUUCGAGCGCAGGGAAUCAAUCAUGAAACAUGGAUGGAGUUCAAGGAGAGA